CCCGUUCCCAGUGCCCCCAGUUCGGAUCCGCGUUCCUGGCAGCAGCACCGACCCUUCCCGGUGUGCCCGGAGCGCCAUGGACGGAGCGCGGAGCCUCCCCCGGCUGCUGCCGCUGCUGGCCCUGACCCUGACCCCGAUUCUGGGGGUCCAAGUCCAGCACAGCAUCAUCCAGACGGAAUUCUACCAGAAAUCCCUGAGCCCCGGCGUCCCCGACAGCGACGAGUUCAUGUUCGACUUUGACGGCGACGAGAUUUUCCACGUGGAGAAGGAGGAGACGAUCUGGAGGCUGCCCGAGUUCCAGGAGUUCGCCAGCUUCGAGGCGCAGGGCGCGCUGCAGAACAUCGCCAUCGACAAGCAGAACCUGGAGAACUCCAUGGCCGCCUACAACCGCUCCCGCACCCCCAGCGUGGCCCCGGAGGUGGCCGUGUUCCCCAAGCACCCGGUGGAGCAGGACGAGCCCAACAUCCUCAUCUGCUCGGUCACCAAGUUCUGGCCGCCGGUGCUGGGCCUGGUUUGGUUCCGGAACGGCGCCCGGGUCACCGAGGGCGUCCUGGAGACGCCGUUUUACCCCGACCGCGACUUCUCCUUCCGCAAGUUCUCCUACCUGCCCUUCAUCCCCGAGCCCGGCGACUACUACGACUGCAAGGUGGAGCACGAGGGGCUGGAGAAGCCCACCAAGACGCAUUGGGAACCCCAAAUCCAGGCGCCGGCCUCCGAGGCCACGGAGACGGCGAUUUGUGCCCUGGGCUUGGCCGUGGGCAUCGUGGGCAUCGCCGCCGGCACCAUCCUCAUCAUCCGCGGGAUGAAGCUCGGCCGCGCCCGCACCGAGCGCGGCACGCUCUGAGAAACCCAAAACCCUGCAAAACCACCCCAAAAUCCAGCCCCAAAGCCCGUGGAAUUACCCCAAAACCCCAUGGAAUUACCCCAAAGUCUUCCCUGAGAUACCAUGGAAUUGCCCCCAAAAUCCUCUGAAAUGCAACCCCAAAAUCCAGCCCCAAAUGCCCUGGAACUGCCCCAAAAUCUCUCCUGGAAUUCUGCAGAAUUGUCCUGAAAUCUGUCUCAAAAUCCCGUCUGAAAUCCCACAAAACGACCCCAAAAUCCAGCCCCAAACACCAUGAAAAGACCCCAAAAUCCUACCCCAAAUCCUUCUCCAAAUCCAGCCCCAAAUGCCACAAAAUGACCCCAAAAUCCAGCCCCAAACCCAGCCUGAAAUGCCACAAAAUGAUCCCAAAAUCCAGCCCUAAAUCCCACUAAAUUGCCCCAAAAUCCAGCCCCAAAUCCCGUGGAAUUACCCCAAAGUCUUCCCUGAGAUACCAUGGAAUUGCCCCCAAAAUCCUCUGAAAUGCAACCCCAAAAUCCAGCCCCAAAUGCCCUGGAACUGCCCCAAAAUCUACCCUGGAAUUCUGCAGAAUUGUCCUGAAAUCUGUCUCAAAAUCCCGUCUGAAAUGCCACAAAACGACCCCAAAAUCCAGCCCAAAAUACCAUGAAAAGACCUCAAAAUCCUACCCCAAAUCCUUCUCCAAAUCCAGCCCCAAAUGCCACAAAAUGACCCCAAAAUCCAGCCCCAAAUACCAUGAAAAACCCCAAAAUCCUACCCCAAAUCCUUCUCCAAAUCCAGCCCCAAAUCCCACAAAAUGAGCCCAAAAUCCAGCCCCAAACCCAGCCUGAAAUGCCACAAAAUGAUCCCAAAAUCCAGCCCUAAAUCCCACUAAAUUGCCCCAAAAUCCAGCCCCAAAUCCCGCAAAAUGACCCCAAAAUCCAGCCCCAAAGCCCGUGGAAUUACCCCAAAGUCUUCCCUGAGAUACCAUGGAAUUGCCCCCAAAAUCCCCUGAAAUGCAACCCCAAAAUCCAGUCCCAAAUCCCCUGGAACUGCCCCAAAAUCUCUCCUGGAAUUCUGCAGAAUUGUCCUGAAAUCUGUCUCAAAAUCCCGUCUGAAAUGCCACAAAAUGAGCCCAAAAUCCAGCCCCAAAUACCAUGAAAAGACCCCAAAAUCCUACCCCAAAUCCUUCUCCAAAUCCAGCCCCAAAUCCCACAAAAUGACCCCAAAAUCCAGCCCCAAACCCAGCCUGAAAUGCCACAAAAUGAUCCCAAAAUCCAGCCCUAAAUCCCACUAAAUUGCCCCAAAAUCCAGCCCCAAAACCCACAAAAUGACCCCAAAAUCCAGCCCCAAAUCCAGCCUGAAAUGCCACAAAAUGACCCCAAAAUCCAGCCCCAAAUCCCGUGGAAUUACCCCAAAGUCUUCCGUGAAAUACCAUGGAAUUGCUCCCAAAAUCCUCUGAAAUGCAACCCCAAAAUCCAGCCCCAAAUGCCCUGGAACUGCCCCAAAAUCUCUCCUGGAAUUCUGCAGAAUUGUCCUGAAAUCUGUCUCAAAAUCCCGUCUGAAAUCCCACAAAACGACCCCAAAAUCCAGCCCCAAAUACCAUGAAAAGACCCCAAAAUCCUACCCCAAAUCCUUCUCCAAAUCCAGCCCUAAAUGCCACAAAAUGAGCCCAAAAUCCAGCCCCAAACCCAGCCUGAAAUGCCACAAAAUGAUCCCAAAAUCCAGCCCUAAAUCCCACUAAAUUGCCCCAAAAUCCAGCCCCAAAUCCCACUAAAUUGCCCCAAAAUCCAGCCCUAAAUGCCACAAAAUGACCCCAAAAUCCAGCCCCAAAUCCAGCCUAAAAUCCCAUGGAACUGCCCCAAAAUCCAGCCUCAAAAUCCCAUGAAAUUACCCCAAAAUCCAGCUCUAAAUCCAGCCCCAAAUCCCACAAAGUGACCCCAAAAUGCAGCCCCAAAUACCACAAUAUGACCCCAAAAUCCAGCCUGAAAUCCAGCCCCAAAUCCCACAGAAUUGCCCCAAAAUCCAGCCCCAAAAUCUCAUGAAAUGACCCCAAAAUCCAGCCCCAAAUCCUACACAAAGACUCCAAAAUCCACCCCCAAAUCCAGCCUGAAAUGCCACAAAAUGACCCCAAAAUCCAGCCUGAAAUCACCCCAAAAUCCCACAAAAUUACCCUGAAAUCCAGCCCCAAAAUCCCAUAAAAUUACCCCAAAAUCCAGACCCAAAUCCCACCUGAAAUCCUGUGGAAUUGCCCCAAAAUACAGACUGAAAUCCUGUAAAAUUACCCCAAAAUCUGUCCAAAAUCCCAUGAAAUGACCCCAAAAUCCUCCCCCAAAUCCCGCCUGAAAUCCCGUGGAAGUGCCCCAAAAUCCAGCCCCAAAUCCCACAAAAUUACCCCAAAAUUCAGCCCCAAAUCCCACAAAAUGACCCCAAAAUACAGCCCCAAAUCCAGCCCAAAAUCCCACAAAAUAACCCCAAAAUCCAGUCCCAAAUCCGGUGCAAUUACCCCAAAAUCUGUCCCAAAACCCCCUUGAAACUCCUUGAAAAUUUUACCGAAAUUACCCCAAAAACUCUUUAAAAUUCCCCGUAAAAUCUGCCCCAAAUUCCUCAAAUCCACUCGAAAUUCCCUUAAAAUCCCCAAAAUAUUCCAUUAAAAUCUACCAAAAUGCCACUAAAAUUCGCCCAAAUUCCCCCCAAAAUUCCACCAAAAUCCCAUUAAAAUCCCCUCAAAAUUUAAAAAAAAAUCCAUUAAAAUCUCCUCAAAAUUCCCUUAAAACCCUCAAAAAUUCCCUUAAAAUACCCCAAAAUUCCCCUGAAAUUUCCACCAAAAUCCCCCCUAAAAUUCCCUUAAAAUUCCACCAAAAUCCGCCAAAAAAUCCCAUUUAAAUCAAAAUAUUUCCCAAAAAUUCCCAUGUCCCCACCCCCCACCCCUCCCGGAAGGUCCGUUUGACCUCCCCAUCAUGGCGGCACCGGAAGUGACCACAAAGAACAGGAGCCGCUCCCUUCGCCAGGGGCCGCUCUGUCCUCCAUACUCUAUGGUCAGUCCUCCAGCACCUCAUUUUCCUCGAAUUUUUCCCGUUUUUCACGAUUUUUUUCCCAAAUCCCCGUUUUGCAUCCCCAAAUAUAUUCCACGCACUCA